CAUAGUUAUUUGAAUUUGAAUCCACUUUUUGUUAUAUUAAAAACAACCCAUUAUGUUUACUUAACAAUGGAUUCAAACCAACUAAUCAUUGUUUUUUAUCUUAUUUGAGCUCACCUCUUCUUUUUGACUCUCUUUACCCACAUGAAAACAAACACUAAGAACAAAACUUUCAUAGGAAACUCAAUUUUCUCUCUUUCUCAGAUCAUGGUGUGAGUCACCAAAUAGCUCAACCAUGAAUUCUUCUCACACUGCCUUCGUUGCUGCUUCCUUCUUCUUCCUCUUACUCGCCGCAACCGCGGUUUUGGUUUCAGCCGAUUUAGCAUCAGACGAACAAGCCCUUCUCAACUUUGCAGCAUCAGUCCCACAUCCACCAAAACUCAACUGGAACAAGAACCUCUCUCUCUGCUCUUCAUGGAUCGGCAUUACUUGUGAUGAAUCCAACCCCACCAGCCGCGUUGUAGCUGUCCGUCUUCCAGGAGUUGGCCUCUACGGCUCAAUCCCUCCUGCCACAUUAGGCAAACUAGACGCUCUCAAAGUCCUUAGCCUCAGAUCCAACUCUCUCUUUGGAACUUUACCUUCUGAUAUUCUCUCACUCCCUUCUCUUGAAUACCUUUAUCUCCAACACAACAACUUCUCCGGCGAACUCACCACUAAUUCUUUGCCGUCGAUCUCCAAGCAGCUUGUUGUCUUGGACUUGUCUUAUAACUCUUUAUCUGGUAACAUUCCUUCCGGUCUCCGGAACUUGUCUCAGAUCACUGUAUUGUACCUUCAAAACAACUCUUUUGAUGGUCCCAUUGAUUCUCUUGAUCUCCCGAGUGUAAAAGUUGUAAAUUUGAGCUAUAACAACUUAAGUGGACCCAUCCCUGAGCAUCUCAAGAAGUCACCGGAAUAUUCUUUCAUCGGAAACUCAUUACUAUGUGGUCCACCUCUGAAUGCAUGUUCCGGAGGAGCCAUCUCUCCGUCUUCAAAUUUGCCUAGACCGUUGACAGAGAAUCUCCAUCCUGUCCGGAGGAGACAGAGUAAAGCUUAUAUAAUCGCCAUUGUAGUCGGAUGCUCUGUGGCCGUUCUUUUCCUUGGGAUUGUUUUCUUGGUUUGUCUGGUGAAGAAGACGAAGAAAGAAGAAGGAGGCGGUGAAGGAGUGCGAACGCAGAUGGGGGGAGUGAAUAGCAAGAAACCGCAGGAUUUCGGGAGCGGAGUUCAAGAUCCAGAGAAGAACAAGCUCUUCUUCUUCGAAAGAUGCAAUCAUAAUUUCGAUCUUGAGGAUCUCUUGAAAGCUUCUGCUGAAGUUCUUGGUAAAGGGAGUUUCGGAACGGCCUACAAGGCCGUGCUUGAGGACACAACCGCAGUGGUGGUGAAACGUUUAAGAGAAGUCGUGGCGAGCAAGAAAGAGUUUGAACAGCAAAUGGAGAUAGUUGGGAAGAUUAACCAGCAUUCUAAUUUCGUACCACUCCUCGCUUAUUACUAUUCGAAAGACGAGAAGCUAUUGGUCUACAAGUACAUGACGAAAGGAAGCUUGUUCGGGAUCAUGCACGGAAACAGAGGAGACAGAGGAGUCGACUGGGAAACGCGGAUGAAGAUCGCGACAGGGACUUCAAAAGCAAUCUCUUACCUUCACUCCUUAAAAUUCGUUCACGGAGACAUCAAAUCAUCAAACAUACUUCUCACUGAAGACCUUGAGCCAUGUCUGUCCGACACAUCUUUAGUCACUCUCUUCAACCUUCCAACUCACACACCGCGAACCAUUGGCUACAAUGCUCCUGAAGUUAUUGAGACGAGGAGAGUCAGUCAAAGAUCAGACGUUUAUAGCUUUGGUGUGGUGAUUCUCGAAAUGCUAACCGGGAAGACACCUUUAACUCAGCCUGGUCUCGAGGAUGAGCGUGUCGUCAUUGAUCUUCCGAGAUGGGUUCGGUCUGUUGUGAGAGAAGAGUGGACUGCAGAGGUUUUCGAUGUGGAGCUCUUGAAGUUUCAGAACAUUGAAGAGGAGAUGGUUCAGAUGCUUCAGCUAGCGUUGGCCUGUGUUGCAAGGAAUCCAGAAUCGAGGCCAAAGAUGGAAGAGGUCGCGAGGAUGAUUGAAGAUGUGAGGAGAUUGGAUCAGUCUCAGCAGUUACAGCAAAACAGAACAUCCUCAGAGGCUACUUCCAAUGUCUCUGAAUGAUUCCUCAUUCCGACCAAAAGUUUCUUUGAUCAAUUCUACUUCUAUCUUAUUACUUUUGAAUCCCAGUUAAAAAUAAUUUCUCUUUGCAUCGUAGUUUAGUGCUUAUGAUCAAACGUAACUGCUUUCACUAAUGAAAAUUGAAAAAUCAUAACCACUGCUUUAACUACAGAAACAAAAAAAUAUUCGCU